CUUCCCAUUCCCUUUCUUUCGCGACUAUUCUCAUGGCUGUUCCGGACGGUGUAGGGGCGAACUUGCCUGCCUAUCGCCCCGCUAAACCACUACCCUUUGAGCUGGUCCAGCACUCGGGCAUUUUCCUCGAGGAGAAGCUAUAUACACAGGCUCUUAACCUCCUACUUGAAGUUCUCACUGCUGGCACCAUUGCAUCUACACCAGCAUUUGUUCCACCUCCUCAGCACCUGGCUGUCGCCGCAACCUUCUUAGUACAUCCCACCACGACCACCCGCGCAAAGACGGCCGAGGGAGAAGAAGCCCCCAAUGCAGCCCUCCGUCUCCUCCGCCUCACCAACGCUCUUGUUGGACCUAUCGCCGCCAAAUUCGGGCUCGCUUUCUCUUUCACGCACUUUGCAACCUCUCGCCAUGGCCGACGACGUCGCGGUGCGGACGACACCCCUACCUCGGAAGCAGCGGAGGAUAUCAUGACACCGGUCAAUCUCGAUCUAAGCGAAUCGCAGUCGAUAUGGUCCCGUGCGGAAGACUUCUGGCACGCCGUAGGUUGGGCCUUCAAUUGCUCCGUCUUACACCAUGAGCGCUGGGAGCACUGGCGGAUUUGGCUCGAGUUUAUGUGCGAGGUGCUCGAGAGUGACUGGAACGAGCGGUAUAGGCAGUGGAUAGAGGACAAGGAAUCCAGCGCAGAUAGCAAGGUUCCAAGCGCUUCCAGACGCAGGAAUAGCAACAGAACGAAUGAUGCUGCCGACCAGAUCCUCAAGAAUAGCCUCAUCUUGCGUUACAUCGAGGGCGCCAGCGCCACCUACGGCCGCAAUCGUCGUAUUGUGAGAUCUAUCUUCGCCGAUGGUGGUGUCACCUCCUCCAACGAGUUCCGCGAGGUUUUCGAAAAUGAACUCAAGCAAUCUAAGCACAAGAAGCACAGUUCUAACAGCAAAAAGCGCUCAGCGCAGGUCAACAUCGAUGCAGAAGAGUUUGGGGACUAUCUAACCGACGACGAGGACGAUGACGAGGACGAGGACAGCAUCGACGCCGCAGACACUACCACGACUAACGACAACGACGACUACGUUGUGGCAAGAACACUACAAGCACGCGCUCGGGGCCGUGGCCGUGGCCGCGGCGGCGCAGGCGUUGCGGGUUCAUCAAAACAAGAUUCCGCUGGUCUUGCUCUUCGUCAAUCGAAACGACCCCGACGAGGCACUCGCCCUCAAAGCACAUGGCCCGAACCCACCAUCUUCACCACCCCGGCGAACCUCAUGACGCCUGAAAAUUACGGCAACUCGACGGGCACAUUCAAGUACUCUGACCCGAGUUCCAAGCGCUAUGUCCCCGAUGACCAAAUCCCUCCCGAGCACUUAGCCACAAUGCACGCCGACCCCUGCACCCUCGGCGGCAUGCGCUCCCUCACCCUCCGCCAACGCCUCCUCCACCUCCUCUCCACCGUCUCCCAGACCAUUCCAGAGCACUUCACCCCGCUGGAAGAGCUCUACCACCUCUUCGCCGAGAACAUCCGACACCUACCCCUCCCAUCUUACCAAGCCUUCAUCAGCCCCACCGCCCUCCCGCACUUCACCUCGGCCGCGCUGACCACGCUCUGCGAGUAUCUACUCUUCCGUAUGCGCGAGUCCGCCGCCCCCGACACCGAGGACGAGUACCUCAGCCAGGCCAAGCUGGAACAUUGCUUUCUGCCCUACGGAGCCAACACGAACUCCCCGGCCGACAACGCCAAGAUCUCCAUCACCCUGGAGACGCUGGUCAUCCUGCUCGCGGAGAACGAUAUGCUGACCGUGACCCCGGCGCUGAAGAAGGCGGUCACUCAGGGCGUCAUGGCCCGCGAGCAGCGCCCGAUCCACGACGGCCGGAAGAAGAAGAAGGAGGCCGACCUGCAUGCCGGCGAUAUCGAGUGGGCGUGGCUGUUGGAGAGCGGAAGGAGGCUGCACUUUCUGGUUGAGGAGAUCAUCCCGCUCACUUCUCUGGCUCUGGAGGAUGAGAAGGAUGAGAAAACGGGUUGA